AAAGGCACCGCUGACGUGGACCCACGACUUCCACGAUCCCUCUCAACAAUCGUCGCGGCAACCAAUCGCUACAUCUAGUCGUACGAGGCGCACACCUACGCCGCGCAGGCAACCCACACUGCCUCCUCUUCUUCUCGUAUAGACUCACGCACUCGCCACGCACUCGUCACGCAGUCGCCACGCUCGCGUCGCGAUGGCUACAUCCAACUACGACCCUGCGGCGCCCCGCGAUGACCUCGCCCGCACGCAGGACCACCUCGCUCGCCAGAUCUCAGCUCAAGAGGAGCACGACCGCGAAGACGUGAGCGCCUCGCCUACGCAGGGCAGCGGCUCGGAGGUCAAUGUCGCAGGAGCAAAGGAGACCCUCGACAAUGCCGAAGCUCAGAUCCGCGGAGAGCAACACAAGGCCUCGGACGUGGAAAAGGGCUCCGACUACUACCAAGUCUUCGACCUGCGCCAGUGGCUGCGUAGCAACUUCGCAGCUGCCAGCGGCGGCGAGAAAGAUGGCGGCGACGACGAGGAAAAGUUCUCGCGCAAGGCCAUCGGCGUAAGCUGGGAAAAUGUCAGCACCAUCGGCACCGCUUCGAUGGAUCUCAAAGUGCCUACCAUCCCGCGCAUGGCCGUCUUUGAGCUCAUCGGGCCCAUCUUUUCCAUCCUCAAGACCUUUGGCAUCAACCCAGUCAAGGUCAAGGAGCGCAAGCUGCUCCAAGGCUUCACGGGCUCUGCUCGACCCGGUGAGAUGGUUUUGGUACUUGGACGACCCGGCGCUGGAUGCUCGACGUUCCUCCAGACGAUCGCCAACAAGCGCCAAAACUUCAUCCGCGUCGACGGAGACGUACACUACGGAGGCAUCGACGCAAAGAAGAUGGACAAGCGAUAUCGCGGCCAAGUCGUCUACUCGGAAGAGGACGACGUGCACAACGCCACGCUCACUGUCCAGCGCACAGUCGACUUUGCACUUCGUCUCAAAGCGCCAGCCCUCAAUCUGCCCAACCAGACGCGCUCCUCGUUCCGUAAGCUUAUCCGCGACGCCAUGCUCCAGGCAUUCAACAUCCCACAUACCAAGCACACCCUAGUGGGCAGCGCCACCGUGCGCGGCGUCUCGGGCGGUGAGCGCAAGCGAGUCUCCAUCAUCGAGGCUCUCUGCUCCAACGCCACGAUCCUCAGCUGGGACAAUACGUCUCGCGGUCUCGACGCUUCCACCGCGUACGACUACGCCAAGUCGAUGCGCACGCUCACCGACUUUUUGCAGUGCACCAUGUUCGUCUCGCUGUACCAAGCCUCCGAGGUCAUCUAUAACGAGUUCGACAAGGUCAUGGUCAUCGACGACGGGCGAUGCGUCUACUACGGGCCCAAAGAGCAGGCUCGUCAGUACUUUAUCGACCUAGGCUUCGAGGACCGACCGCGACAGACCACUGCCGACUACGUCACAGGCUGCACGGACAAGUACGAGCGCAUCUUCCAAGAAGGGCGCGACGAGAACAACGUCGCCUGCUCGCCCGAACAGCUCGAGGAGGCUUACAAGAAGAGCACCAUCUACCAGCGCGUCCUCGAAGACAAGGCCGCGUUCGACGCCGAGGUCAACGAGGACCGCGAGGGCUACUCCAAAAACUUCAAGGAGGCUGUUCGCCACGAGAAGCACACGGGCACCAGCAAACGCUCCCAGUACACCGUCUCGUGGGCUCAGCAGGUCUACGCCCUGUGGUUGCGCCAAAUGCAAAUGACCCUCGGUGACAAGUUCGACAUCUUCAUGUCCUACGUCACAUCCAUCGUCCUCGCCCUCGUCGCCGGAGGCGUCUUCUUCGACCUGCCCACCACGUCCGCCGGAGUCUUCACCCGCGGUGGUGACCUCUUUAUCCUGCUCCUCUUCUCCUCGCUCACGGCCUUUGCCGAGUUGCCCACCAUGAUGCUCGGUCGACCCAUCCUGGCACGACAAGCCGGCUUCGCCUUCUAUCGCCCCUCGGCGCAAGUCGUCGCAGCGCUCCUCGCCGACUUUCCCUUUGGUAUCCCGCGCUCGACGCUCUUCAUCAUCAUCCUCUACUUCAUGUCCGGCCUACACCGCUCCGCCGCCGCCUUCUUCACGGCGUGGUUCAUCGUCCUCAUAGCGUACUAUUCGUUCCGCGCGCUCUUCACCAUGUUCGGCGCCAUCACCACGAACUUCUACACCGCAGCCCGUCUCGCCGCCAUCGUCAUGUCCGGCCUUGUCCUCUGGGCAGGCUACGUCAUCCCGCAGGCGGCCAUGGCGCGAUGGCUCUACUGGGUCUCGUACCUCAAUCCAGUCUUCUACGCGUUCGAAGCGCUCAUGAUCAACGAGUUCAAGCGCACCACGUUCACGUGCGCAGGGUCGAACAUCAUUCCGAGUGGACCGGGCUACAACAACGGACUAGGACCCAACCAGGUGUGCAACGUCGCUGGCGCAUCGCCCGGCUCGGCCAUCAUCCCCGGCAUCAACUACCUCACCGCCUCGUUCGGCUACUCCGAGGGCCACCUCUGGCGCAACGUCGGUAUCCUCCUCGCGUUCCUCUUUGGCCUCGUCGCCAUCGUCGCCCUCGUCAUGGAGUUCCAGAACAGCGGCGCCUCCGCAUCGGCAAUGACCGUCACCAAGCCCCCGAACAAGGAGGAAGAGGCCCUCGACAAGCGUCUCGCUGACCGCCGCUCGGGCGCAUCCGAAAAGACCGAGGCCAAGCUCGAGGUAUACGGCGAGACGUUCACCUGGUCCAACCUCAAGUACACCGUCCCCGUCAAGGGCGGAAAGAAGCAGCUACUCGACUCCGUAGACGGCUACGUCGUGCCCGGCACAAUGACUGCUCUCAUGGGCUCCUCGGGCGCGGGCAAGACGACCCUCCUCGACGUCCUCGCAGACCGCAAGACCAUCGGCGUCAUCGAGGGUGACCGUCUCAUCGCUGGAAAGAAGAUUGACGUCUCCUUCCAACGCCAGUGCGGUUACGCGGAGCAGCAGGACAUUCACGAGCCCAUGUGCUCCGUCCGCGAGGCUCUCCGCUUCUCCGCCUACCUCCGCCAGCCCUACGAGACGUCCGUCGAGGAAAAGAAUCAGUACGUCGAGGACAUCAUCGAGCUCCUCGAGCUGCACGACCUCGCCGACGCCAUCAUCGGCUACCCUGGCUUCGGUCUCGGCGUAGGCGACCGCAAGCGCGUUACGAUCGGUGUAGAACUCGCCGCCAAGCCCUCGAUGCUCCUCUUCCUCGACGAACCUACGUCAGGGCUGGACGGUCAGUCUGCAUUUACCAUCUGCCGCGUACUCCGCAAGCUCGCCGACAAUGGUCAGACGAUCCUCUGCACGAUCCACCAGCCCAGCUCCCUCCUCUUCGAGACCUUCGACCGCCUUCUCCUCCUGCAGCGCGGCGGACAGGUCGUCUACAACGGCCCAGUCGGCAAGGAGGGAUGCCACGUCAUCGACUACUUUGCCGAGCGUGGCGCACAGUGCCCCCCUGGAAUCAACCCGGCCGAGUUCAUGCUCGACGCCAUUGGAGCGGGCUCGCAGCCUCGUAUGGGAACAAAGGACUGGGCAGAUUGGUACCGCGAGUCGUCGAUGCACCAGGACAACCUGCGCGCCAUCGAACAGCUCAACCGCGACGCCGUCGACAAGCCUGCUGCUGCCCCUCACUCCCGCAAGUCCGAGUAUGCCGCUCCCUGGAUCUAUCAGUUCAAGGUCGCCCUCAAGCGCACCAUGCUCAGCACAUGGCGCCAACCCACCUACCAGUACACGCGCGUCGUCCAGCACUUUGUCUUUGCCUUGCUCACCGGUCUUAUCUUCCUCCAGCUGGGCAACAGCGUCGCCGAGCUGCAGUACAAGCUCUUUGCCCUCUUCAUCCUCGCAGUCAUCCCGGCUAUCAUCAUGGCGCAGAUUGAGCCAUUCUGGAUCAUGUCCCGCUCCGUCUGGAUCCGAGAGGAGACGUCAAAGACCUUCUCUGGCACCGUCUUUGCGGCCACACAGCUCAUUUCGGAGCUCCCCUACGCCCUUGUGUGCGCUACGGUCUUCUUCGUCGUAGAGUACUAUCUCGUCGGCUUCCCCUCGUCGUCGAACCGCGCCGGCUACUUCUGGGUCAUCACCUUCCUCACCGAGCUCUUCGCCAUCACCAUCGGAACGGCCAUUGCCUCGUUCUGCAAGAAUGCCUACCUGGCUUCGCUCUUCACCCCCUUCUUGAUCGUCAUCUUCUCCCUCACCUGCGGUAUCCUCACCCCACCAAACCUCUUCAGCUCAAAGCUCUACAGCGACUUCCUCUACCAAGUCAACCCGAUCCGCUUCGCCAUCUCGCCCCUCAUCGCCGACGUACUCGAGGGCGUGCCCGUCGUAUGCGCCCCGGGGGAGUUCUCCGUCUUCUCCCCGCCAGCAUCCCAGACUUGCGGCGCCUAUGCGGCAGAGUAUCUCGCGCGAGCGGGAGGGUACCUCGUGGACCCGAACGCAACGAUGGACUGCCAGUACUGCCCUUACUCGAGUGGUCAGGAGUUCUACUCGGCUUUCGGCAUCUCCUUUGGGGAGCGUGGGAGAGACGCUGGAGUGCUGCUCGCCUUCUCCGUCUUCAAUACCGCGGUCACGCUGCUGUGUACCGCUUACCUCAAAUUCUCCAACCGUUAGCGAGGGGCGCGUUUGCUCUUGUCUUUUGCUUUCCUCACUCUAAUAGACUUGCACUCGUUUUCCCCACGCCCUGCUCCGCUCAUUACCCCAUCCCCCAUCUAUUCUUGUGUAUUCCCUCCC